AAGAAAAGUAAAAAACCCCUAGAAGGGGCUUUAGUGCUUUUUGUAAGUUCUCGGUACGCAGGACGGAGCAAGAAAAUGGAAGAGCAACUCAACGUUCACAACCAGCAUCUCCCUACCGAAGACGAAGAUGACGAUCCGCCAAUGUUGAGCUCGAAUACUCUGGCGGCUCUUAAGGAAUUCCUUGCAGAGCAAAACCAGGAGCAUUCGAACUCCACUGUAGAAACCGAAGGAGGAGGAGUAGCCAAAUCAGGAGAAGCGGUGGCCUUAGUAACCGAGGAUUGGAGGCUCAGCCAGUUCUGGUAUGAUCCUGAGACGGCCGAGACCAUAGCCAGAGAGGUCAUCGCUCUCCGUUCUGUCCCUAAUUCUCAGGUUGUUUGUAUCGCUUGCCCGACUCUCUACGUCUAUCUUAAGAAAGUUGACCCUGAUAUCUCGGUCAAACUUCUUGAAUAUGACAAACGUUUUGAGCAAUACGGGAGUGAUUUCACAUUUUAUGAUUACAACCAGCCAGAGGAGCUCCCAUCUGAAUUGAAGCAUGCUUGCCAAAUCAUAGUGGCAGAUCCUCCUUACCUGAGUAAGGAGUGUUUGGAGAAAGUUACCGAAACAAUUCAUUAUUUAGCAAAACCUGGAGACUCACACUGGCUUCUUCUAACAGGAGAGGUACAGAAGGAUAGAGCUGCUGAGCUCAUGGGGCUGCAUCCAUGUGUUUUCAGGCCUCGUCACUCUAGCAAACUUGGCAAUGAAUUUCGGCUAUUCACCAACUAUGAUCCAGGGAUGAGAUUAGGAGGGUGGGAGCAAUAAAGAUAAGAAAUCCGUUGUUCUUUUCACUCAGAUAUAACUUAUAUGGUUUCAAGUCAGUGUCACUGCAAGAAAAUGAUGAUGAAAGCCUAUUCUCUUGCUAGGAAUGCAAGCUGUGGGUUUACGACAUUGAUGCCUUGGGUGCAAGUAGCACAUUGUUCGACUUGCUUUACCCUUUUAUUUUUCUUCUACCCCCAAUGCCUUCACCUCCCACUUGCCCUUUUCAUUCCCCGAUCAAAUUUUGGUUUGCAAUGUUGGAUGUUGUACAUUAUUUGCCGCAAUUGCAUGUGUGAUUUUGAGGUCA